AUGCAUCUGGCUACCAGGACCCCUAUGGAUUCAUUUACAUCAAAGGAGGCGGUAUUAUCCAAUUUAUCAACUUCUUCUCAAAUCACCGAUGAGAAUUCUAACAGUGAAUCAAUGAAUAGUACUCAUCUAACAUGUAAUAAUAGUCAAAUUCGUCAGGCAUUAAGCGAAUUAAGUAAUACAAUGGCAACAACAACAAUGACAGAAACAACGGGAGAAACAGAACAGUCCAAAUCACAAACAAGAUGGGCAGAAAUACUGCAUGAAUUCGAUCAACCAGAAUCAAACUCACUCACCAAUAUUGAUAAUUCAAGUCGAUCAUUGUUAGGUCAAAGUUUACUGAUAAGCAGUGAUACAUCUAGUCGUCAUUCUAGUAUCGUUGAUACAGAGAAACUAGAAGAAACUGAACAUACAACUGCGGAUUCACCACAUAUACCAAUUGAAGCAUUAAGUAAGCAUCUUGAUAGUCGCUUAUCAUCUAUGAUGUCUGAUUUAAACUGGUCUCAUAAUGAAUAA